CGCCCCAUGCACACUGGCACUGGGAGAGGAGAUGGUUUCAUACCCUCCGUGUGGUCGAGGUAUUUGUCAUUGCUUCUGCCAGUUUUGAGAUUUCUUCUCUCACUGUUAUCAACCACUGGACCACAGCAGAAACAAGCAACUAGUCAAGUGAUUGAUUUCAUUGCUUCUCAUAAUGAGAUAUUCGUCUCAUGCCUCAAAGAAGGAAGCUCCUCUCUCUCUUUGACAGCUCUGCAGGAACUCUCACUGGUUACUGCUGUAGUCAGCCAGUGCAGGGCAGGUCAAGACUGGAUGUUAAAGCUUACCCAAACCCCGAACCUCCUUCACUUGCAGAACCUUGUCCUCUCUCUCCUUCCAUUUUACAUGUUCCCUUCAAAGUGGACCCAACAGGAAUCUGAUGGCUGGAGCAAUAUCAGUGGGAGUCUUGGGGCCGGAGCUUCAUUUGAGGACCAGUUUGAUCUCUCUCAGAAGAUAGCCACUAAUUUAGUUCUUUAUUGCCAUAAUGCUGUCUCUCUUGGAGGCACUGAAUCACCUUCUAGAAGUUCAAGGAUAAUUUUUUCUUGUGAUCUCUCAAAGGGAAAUAAUGCAUUACCAG